UUUUCUAUUGGCAAAACUUUUGCAGGUGGGGCUUGUGGCUAUGGAAAUUUGUACAGCCAGGGUUAUGGUACAAACACUGCAGCUUUAAGCACAGCUCUGUUCAACAGCGGGUUGAGCUGUGGGUCUUGUUUUGAGAUUAGGUGUGUUAAUGAGAGGCAAUGGUGCCUGCCUGGUUCCAUUGUGGUCACCGCCACCAAUUUCUGUCCACCAAAUAAUGCACUCCCAAACAAUGCAGGAGGUUGGUGCAACCCUCCACAGCACCACUUCGACCUCUCUCAGCCUGUUUUUCAACACAUUGCACAAUACAGAGCUGGAAUUGUCCCAGUUGCUUACAGAAGGGUACCCUGCAGAAGAAGGGGAGGCAUAAGGUUCACCAUUAAUGGCCACUCGUACUUCAACUUAGUACUCAUAACCAAUGUCGGUGGAGCCGGUGAUGUGCAUGCAGUGUCGAUAAAGGGUUCGAGAACCGGUUGGCAGCCUAUGUCGAGAAACUGGGGCCAAAACUGGCAGAGCAACAGCUAUCUCAACGGUCAAAGCCUCUCGUUUAAGGUCACCGCCAGCGACGGCCGUACAAUGGUUUCUAACAAUGUUGCUCCGGCAAGCUGGUCAUUUGGUCAGACCUUUGCCGGCAGCCAAUUCCGGUGAAAGGUCGCCUGAAACCUUGCAGUUAAUGAUGUUUUGAUAGUAGUCUUAUAGUUUCUUAUGUUAGGUGGAAUUUACCUUGUCAUUAGUGGGUGUUUAGGGUCUAGAGGAGGGCUAAUUUUAAUAUGGCCUCCCUUUUAUUGUGGGUUUUUAAAGGGCACCCGAUUUAUAGGGGUUCUUUGUGUUGUCGAGGAUUGUUUUCUUGGCUAUUUUUGUCCAUUCUGUUGAGGCAAAAAUUGGCAGAGGUGGACUGGUUACACCCGCCUUUUAAU